GCAGACAUCUGGACUGGGCUUCUUUGCAAUGAGAACAAUCCAAAACCUCAACCUCAGAUCACAGACAUGCCACUAACUGUAAAGGAUCUUCUGCUUUCCAGUAGUUUUGACAUGCAAACCUCCACCCUACCACAAAAUGGCCGUAAUUCUGGAACUUGUGGAGAAUUGGUAUUGAAUGAAGAUGAAAGGAAACUUCUUUCAAAGGAAGGAGUAGUAUUGCCUACCCAGCUGCCACUCACCAAGCAUGAAGAACGUGUUCUUAAAAGAAUUCGCCGUAAAAUUCGUAAUAAACAAUCAGCUCAAGAAAGUAGAAAAAAGAAGAAGGAGUAUAUGGAUGGAUUGGAGAUCAGGAUGUCUGCAUGCACAGCCCAAAAUCAGGAGCUUCAACGUAAAGUUCUGCAGCUGGAGAAGCAUAACAUGUCCCUCCUUGAACAACUGAGGAAACUUCAGGCGUUGGUCUCCCAUUCUGCAGGAAAGGCAACUCAGACAAGCACCUGUGUAGCAGUCCUUUUGCUAUCUUUUUCCCUUCUCAUUUUUCCUACUAUGAAUCAAUUUGCAAAAAACAAAAUACAAGAGGGCAAUGAUUUUCUUCCUGUUAGAGUCUUCUCCAGGUCCUUGCAUAACGCUGCCUACUCAAGAGUAUUUCAGUUACCAUCUGAGAGUGAAGACACUGCAUACUGGGGUGAUCCAAGUAGCCAGAAACAUAAUAAAGUACAGUCACUGAGAAAAUCACUGGAUGUGAAUUUGCCUAAUAGGGCACAGCAACAUAUUAAAGAAGACCCAAGAGAAACAAAUUAUACAAGCAUGUCAAAAGAAGAAAAAAAAAUGCAGUUUGAUGAGAACACUGUAGAGAUAUUAAAUGGGCCUGUGGGUGAUUAUCUGGCCCAACAGAUGAUCAUGUCUUGGAAAGAACCUUCUAAACAAGAGGUGGUGACCGAAAACUGUGGUAAGGUCAGAGAAAGCCAUGAAAGCAUUUGACCCAGUCCCCUGUUCAGGGCAUUGCUUUCUCUCAGUUAUACAGUAUGUGUUAAAGAACAAAA